UUCCUGCCCACCACUACUGUAUACUGUAUUGAAAUCAUAAGCAGUUCCUGCAGUUGAGGCGAAUAUGAAAACAAAGUAUGAGAAUGUCAAUGCGUUACAGCUUUAAUGUUUUUUACGUGCAACAAUGUUUUGGUCCUUCGAAAGAAUCCUAUAAUAAUGCUGACGUGUUGAGAAUAGAAUGCUAUGUAAGCUUUUAGUGCCGUAGGUUACUAUGGAAUCCCGGUUGCAGUGUUUGAAUCAAAUCUCCCAAAGGAAACUCACUGAAAUUUUGGUUAAAAUACCUGGAAAAAAAGACCUGAUAAUCGAUCCGCGGUUGAUGAAACCUCUUGAGCAAAUUACAGGAGUCUCAGUGUUGAGGUCUCAUGGAGUACACAAAAUUCAUAAGCUGGAAAAAAGUGGUUUCCGAUAUGUCAGUAAUCAUUGGGUUUAUCUCGUAUAUUCUGACCUUAUAACUACAAAGUAUAUUUGUGAUCAGAUAAAUGCAGAUUUACAGUGCAAACCCACAAAUUCUUAUUACAUUAUAUUUGUUCCAUGUGAACUUGUUGCUCUCUUGAAUCUUUUGGAAGAGGAAGGUGUGUUUGGUCUAGUGACUGUAUACAGGUUUAUGUGGGAAAUGAUUUCUCUAGAUAGUAGUGUACUGUCAUUUGAAUUACCAAAUUUGUUUCGUAUGCUGUUUGUGGAUGGAGAUAAAUCAUUUCUUCCUGCAGUGGCCCACUCUCUUUGGUCACUGCAGAUACUCUUUGGGAAGAUACCGAUGACUGUAAUGUGUGGAAAAUUUGCAUCACAAGUGUGUAAAAUAUUGAAUAUUCUAUUGAAGGAGUUGGGGAAUCCCACAAAACAAGAGGCAGAUAUUGACUGCUUAGUUAUAGUAGAUAGGGAUUUUGAUUAUGCAUCUGUGUUGCUUACAGCAGUUACAUACGCUGGGCUACUGGAUGAAGUUUUUGGAGUUAAGUGUGGAACUGUUGAAUUUGAUGAAAAAGUUACUGGUACAAAAGGAACUGUAAAUUAUCGGCUAACUGAUGAAGAUGAUAUUUAUCAUGAAAUGAAAAAUAGACAUUUUUCAGAUGUAUAUUCCUUCUUAAGCACUAAAAAAGAGGAACUUCAUAGUGAGUAUAAAAGGUGUCAAAAAAUGGGUCUCCAGGAAAUGAAACAGUAUGUUGCAACUGAUCUGCAAAAAGUUAAGGAAAAGAAACGCUCACUUUCGUACCAUAUUGGUGCUUGUGAAAUCAUCAUUGGAGAAAUGGGACACCGAUAUGAAGCUUUGCACAAAUUUGAACAAAACACGUUGGAAGGAAAAUCUAGAGGUGAAAAUUUCACGUAUUUAGAGGAUUGCUUAGCAACACAGUGCGUAAACAGAUUUACUUGUCUUCGAUUACUAUGCCUCAUGUGCCUAACACAGAAUGGACUAACUCAGGAUGAGAGUUCUGCAUUUAUGAAACAGUUUCUGCAUUCGUAUGGGUAUGAUAAUCUGACAUUAUUCUAUAACUUGGAAAAGCUUGGACUGUUUGUAAGACAUGACACUGACACUGGUGAAACAACUGGAAAAUUAACUGAUCGAGUAGCUCAAGUUGUGUCCUUAAACAGGAAAAGUAGUGCCUUUCAUAGUAUUGCACAAAAGCUGAAAUUGUUUCCAGAAAUUAAGGAUGACUUUGAUCUUAAAAAACCAAAAGAUAUGGGUUACGUGUUUAGUGGGGCGUACAUUCCUGCAGUGUGCCAGCUAGUUAAUUUACUAACCCAGCAUGACAUGCCACUUGAUGAUAUAACAAAAUUGUUGCCAGGCAUACAAAUAAAUAUUUCUUCUAAGGAUGCAUCAAAGAUUAAACGCAAAAACUUUUUGGUAUAUUUUAUUGGAGGUGUGACAUAUGCUGAAACAGCAGCAUUUCAGCUGCUUGAGAAAUUUACGGACACAAGAAUAAUAGUUGCUGGUACAGGUGUUAUUAAUGGUUGCUCAUUAAUACGCAGUGUUGAGUAAACACAAAUACAGCUUAAGUUAACUGGUGAAUGCAUUUCUAGAAGUAGUAGUAUUUUUACUGUAUUUAAAUAUGAGAUUAUAGAUAAAUUUCUUUGAACAUUUGAAUGUAAUCUUAUUUUUAAAGCAGCUUCAAUGUUAUGUGUGUGUUGUUGGCAUGUAAGU